CAGCAAUUGGUUAUCUUUGAGGUAUCUGAGCUUUGGCUGACACCAGAAACUAGGGGAGUAAAUGUGGAAGCUGUAGUGCACAAACACGUAAUAGGAUUAAUGAGUAAAUGAGAUAAAAUAUCUUAAAGUUGUUCAUAGUGUUUUUUAAAAUUUGGAGCUCCUUAUUGAGUGGUUGCUUGCAUCCCCUUCUGUUGUUGUGAGGUGAUAGGCAUCUAUUCAAGGCAGUAAUUACACCUCUUUAUUGCCAAAUUGUUAGCUACGUAGAAACAGCAUACAAUGCAUUAGUGAGGCUAAUUCUUAAAAUCAAGAAGGAUUUCUAGAGGAGACCAAAAGGGUAAAUAAGGUUGGGGAAUGUAUGUAUGACUUGGAGUGGUUAACAGUGGUUAACUGUGCACGUUUUUGUACAUCUUCCUGCCAUGAAUGCCAGCUUACUGAGAUUACAGCUAGAAUUACAUGAGAAACCUCAAUGUAAACCAAGGAGAAAACAACGGCAACUUUUACGUACAAUCUUCUCUUUCAUGCUAACAGAGAACAAUUGUAAAUGUGAGUGUCUUCCAAGAAAGGCAUUGGAAAGAUGUGGUGGCAAAGAAGGUUGGUUUGAAGAGGUAUCCUAACCCUUAGGAAAAUAUUCAUGUCAUGUUCAUGUUGUGUUUUCCAAAAGUAGGCUGUAGGACCAUGUGGUUUGGCUGAGAACAUCGAGUGCCUUUAAAUCUUACCAACCUUGACAUGCAUUUCCAUGUUAUGCUAUUUGAAGAAUGUCUUCCACAAAUGGAAAUUGAGCCGGGGAUGAGAAUGUUGUUACGGUAACGGGAGCUUGCCAAGGAAAUCAAGAGCAAGUUCCUGACAUGGAGACUCCUGAUGACACAGGCAGGAAGGACGCUACGUGGUUGCAAUGAGGACACUGGAGGCAGCCACUUACCAGCUUCCCACCAGGCACCCACAGACGUUGUCUGGCCGCAGUCAGGGAGAAUGGCAAAUCUACAACCACCUGUGUCUGACGUAUGGCUGAGAGAGCUCAACUGCAUUUCCCUGGAGGGUUUUUGUUCAGUCCUUGGGGAGCAGUGCCCAACUGUCAGCAAGAGGACUCUGUGGGAUGUACAGGAGUUCAUCUGCAUACUGAACAAACUCCAUGGGGCCCUCAAGAAGCCAAGCUCCUGCUGUGGAACAAAGGAAGAUGUUGCAGUCAAGGCUACCACAGCUGAGGUCCAGAGGUAGAUUGUACCUCUUUAAGUGAGAAAUAACUACAUGGGGUGAGC